UUUGCGUUGAACCGCGUUCAACAUGACGAAACCGUAUUUGAUAUUCUGUGCCAUCGUGUUCGCACUGCUAGUUACCGCUCAGUGCGGCGGUUACUCCAGUUGCUCCAGUUGCAACAGCUGCGUCAGCUGUGUCAGCGGACCUCCGAACUACAUGUGUCCAACCCCGCCGAAUUCCCUGGAGGUGUACUUCCCCCACGAAAGCUUCUGCACACGGUUCUACAAGUGCGUCAAUGGAAAUGCCGUCGAAGGUCGCUGCCCAUCGGGAACGUUCUUCAACCCGCAGCAGAACCUCUGUUGUCCAGACGAAUCGCUGUGCUACCGUUCGAAUGCAUGUGUCAUGCAGGUCGCAGAAUGCGCCAACUGUGCCAACCUGUUUGUCAAAUCCAACCUAAUGGCGUCGGCCUUCUUCUUGUGCAACUGCGACGGAACCGCAACGACCUUGCAGUGUCCAACGGCGUUCGAUACCUGUGCCAACGCCACCGUAACGCUGGAGUUUAUCAACGGGAACUGCGAUCCACCACCGAUGCAGAUGACCACCACGACGGAAUCGACGACGACGGAAUCGACCACGACGGAAUCGACCACGACGGAAUCGACCACGACGGAAUCGACCACGACGGAAUCGGGUGAAAAUGGUGGUGGUGGUGGUGGUGGUGGUGGUGGUGGUGAUUAA